AUGGGCGGCGUGAAUACCGAGUUGCGGCGGCGGGUCAUUGCCAUUUACAAGGAGCUCCUCUACCUGGGCCGAGAAUACCCCCUCGGCUACGACUACUUCCGCCCGCGCUUGCACAAGGCCUUCUCCGCCAACGCCGGCUUGCGGGAUGAGGAUUCUAUUCGGCGGGGGAUCGAGAGGGCCGAGUUUGUGAAGAAGGGUGAGGGCAGAAGAACCCAAGGCGGAGACUGGUGCUGCGUGUAG